UCUCUCUGGUAUGACGCACUCAUAAGUCACAAAUACGAAAAGAAUAUGGCGACGAUCGUCUUGUAGCAGUGUGAUCCAUUAACUAUCUUGAGUAUCAAAUAGUGAAGCGUUGACAGUCAAAGAAACACAAGAAGCAAUGAGCUUCUUUAGCAAGGUCUUUGGCGGCAAGAAAGAGCCAGCUGCUCCUUCGACAGCCGAAGCGAUUCAAAAACUGCGCGAGACAGAGGAUAUGCUAAUAAAAAAACAGGAAUUCCUGGAGAGCAAGAUAGACAAUGAGAUGUUAGUAGCUAAAAAGAACGCAUCAAAGAACAAGCGAGCUGCUAUUCAAGCACUCAAAAGAAAGAAACGAUAUGAGAAACAGCUGCAACAAAUCGACGGUACAUUGUCUACUAUUGAAAUGCAGAGAGAAGCAUUGGAGAGUGCAAACACGAAUACUGCUGUCCUUACUACUAUGAAGGGUGCUGCAGAUGCGAUGAAAGCUGCACACCAACACAUGGAUGUUGAUCAAGUACACGAUAUGAUGGAUGAUAUAGCAGAACAACAAGAUGUAGCUAGAGAAAUUUCUGAUGCAAUAUCUAAUCCAGUAGCAUUUGGUCAAGAUGCUGAUGAAGAUGAGUUAGAGAGGGAGUUAGAAGAACUUCAACAAGAACAACUUGACAAAGAGUUGCUUGGUAUUGAUGAUACAACAACAGAUGAACUGCCAGCAGUACCAACUUUAGUUCCUGCUGUACCAAGCAAGAGUCGUACAAAAGCUAAAGCGGCAGAGGAUGAUGAUGAUUUGAAAGACUUAGAAGCAUGGGCAUCGUAAAGUGAUACUAGAACGAAUGUUGAAAUCAAAGAAAACAAGAUAUUUUAAAAUAAAUGUAAAUUGGAGGGAUAUUAUUAUUAUCAUGCGUAAUAUACUUUAUAUUGCAUAUAAUUUACUAAGUGAAUUUUCUAAUAUAAACUUGCAGUGUUUAGCUUCUUAAGCACAACUUAUAAAUAGUAUUAGAAUUAAUAAUUAAUAUUUAAACUUUAGUAGAAAUUGUAUCACUGACAUUUUUAUGCUAUAGUAAAUAUUAAAGAUUUAAUAUAAUAAUAUAUUAAA